CCACAUUUGAACGUAUGACCACACUCCAAAGCAUAAUCGGGUGCUUUUCGACACGAGGUAGCUGAUGAAUGAAUGAAGCCGGUGCAAGCAGUCCCCGACCGAGACUUGACCUCCUCCUGGCGAUAGCCCUUAUCCGCCCUGGACGACUCCGUACCUAUUCAGCACAUUCUAUGGACGAACAGCACAGACAAUGGUACAGCCAAACCUAUUUCUCCCGAGACGAGGUCAUAGCCAUCGGGGUCUUGCCGAUGUAUCACGUUGCCGUUGUGCCCAAAUCUUUGCACCAUUAGGGUCAACCGUGGGUCGCCAGUGGCAAAGCACGCGUGCUUGUUUAACAACGGUAGGGCCAGCGAUAACUGAGCAUUUAGCUUCGAUGGAAGGUUGGAACGCUGUCAAGGGGUCACUUGACGGCAUCGUUCAUCUAUUGCCAGCCUACUCCAACCGAUUUCCAUUAUUCUUCCUCGGUCGGUUCCUUCGAGAACCAGCCGGCCGACUCGGCUUACUCUUGCUCUGCCAGAUGCCGACCGCCCAUCAAUUCAUUCAGUACUGUAUCGAUGAUGGAUCGUCUAUCCCGUAUCUCAUCUGGAGCCCCACGAUUCAGAUCUCUAUUCCCCCAGAACCCGGAUUUCAACCAUAUGCACAGACGCCAGAAUUCAUUGAAUGACUAGUCAUGCACGAGCUUGGGGGGGACUGGACGGAAGUGGUCGGGGACAGUAGCCACCUCCUUUCAUCUCCACUGUCAAAGGCGUUGGACUGGUCAGAUGUCGCCUCGCCCAGCUCGACCACCCGACAAUUGAGCGCAGUCGGAGAUGCUUAACAGAAGUACGAUCAACUGAAAAUGACCACCUGAAGCAACGGCAGUCUCGGGCAUUCCGUGCAGACUAUCUCCACUCCACUUAGUUGCGAGGGAGAAACUACCG